AUGGCUCGUCCAGAGAACGAGAUAUACCAGCUGUUGAGCUUCAUAUGGAUAGGCAAAGCCGGCGUGCACGACCAUCAUAUCUCCUUCUCGAAGGAUGUCACGGUCAGAGAUCUGUACGAAACAUUGGCGGACAAGUACUGUCUCCCCGACGAGAGCUUCACGCUGCAGAAACUUAAGGAUGAUUAUGCGAAGAGACUCGGGACUCUCGAUAAGAACAUGAUUGCUCGAGAGCUAUAUACUCUUUCGACUCGCGAAGUCGGCCGGUGGUUCGCGUAUAACACAGACGAGAUCGAGCUGAGCCGCUCCUUCAAUGAAUCCCUUCGCAACUUCUUUCCACGCGUCCUUGGAAAUGACAUUCGAGGUCCCUCGAGCUCUAGUCGGCCUCCAAUCGACUUCAUCCUCUGGCAGCACUGCCCACCCGACGCAGAUGAGCACGAGAAGUAUAACCUCGUCCGUCAUAUGCCGGCUCAUAUCCGAUGUCUACAGACCGUCCGUGCCACAAUUCGACGCAACGCCUCUCCCAGUCGAGGCGCGACACACGCCUACUUCCUCGACCAACAACGCGAUCCAUUCAGGGCGCUCUACAACGGCCGGUAUACGGCCGAGGAGGCCGUAUCGACAAGACUGGCGGCUCCAAUAGAGAUCUACUGCUCGGUCUUCGCGCGCCUCAAAGCGAGACUGCACGAUGAAACGCUGGAAGUCCCCGAGGAUAUCAGGUGGCGCAUGAGUGAUUGCAUUGAACAACAACUACCAGAUGGACUCAGAGGGAGCCUCGUGGGCGAUCUUGAGGAGAUUCUCGGCGUAAAGUUCUCACGCGCGUCUUGGUAUGGGGACGAGGGGAGGGCUGUGCCAGAUAGCGUCGUCUUCAAGGACAUCCGGAUACGUAGCCAGGAAGACGCACUGUCCAUUCCAAUUGCAACACUGGGGCAGAGGGAAAGCGCUGACGACGCAGGUAACCCACAAACUCGAGGCGCAUUGCUGAUGCAGUGUUCAUGGUUAGAAACACCCUACCGCGAAGUCAUGGCGAUGUGUUGCUGCCCCACGCUCAUACUCAGCCUUGACGAUUCAUGGUUGAAAGUAGACGGCUCCGUCUUCACGGACAGAUGGAUCGUACAGCACCUAUUCGGCAUCCACAUUGGGCAUCCCGGCUCAGCUCUUCAUGCACGGACUUCCCUCGAUAUCCUCUCCCGCCACCUAUACGCGCUGCGCCUGGCAAUUCCCGAGCUUGGAGACUGGUACACUGCGCUUGCCGACAAUCCCGUCCAACGGCCACUUAACGAACAUCAUCCCCGCUUUUACCCCGAGCUCGCAUCCUAUCCCGUCGCCGGUUCCACUACAGGCGAGCGCAUCUCGUUCGAGUACCUGUCCAAGCUAGGACACUACGCUUCCUAUGCGUACCUUGCCCGUACUGUCCCCGAUGGACAGCCCGGCGAGUUGAUCGUUGUCAAGAUCACGGAGAGCUAUGGUCAAGAUGCGCAUGCCGCCCUAGCAGCUGCUGGAUAUGCUCCCAAGAUACUCUUCUGUGGGCCCGCAUGCGCAGAGCUACCGAAGGGCAUGACCAUGGUCGUCAUGCAAUACAUAGAGGGGGAGGUGCUGGAACGCAUGGAGUCGCAGGACGAGCUCCCGGAAUCGUUCUUCCAAGAUUUAUGUCGAGCGAUCGACGUUCUGCGACGCGAGGGCCUUGUACACGGAGACCUUCGGGCACCGAACAUCAUGGUUGAUCAGGACAAGAAGCUCAAGAUCAUAGACUUUGACUGGGCCGGUAAAGAUGGGCAGGUGCGGUAUCCGUAUGAGAUAUCUCCGAAGAUCGCGUGGCACCCUGAAGUGAAGGAGUUUGCGCCCAUCCGCGGAUACCAUGACGAGUAUAUGCUUCGGCAGCUUCUACCGCCAGGUUUUGCAAGACCUGCAGCGGAGUCGAGUGAAACCGGCAGUGGGCCGCCUACCUAA